AUGCAAGCAGAAAGGAGGAAUGAACAAGGUAAGCAAAAAAAGGGACGAGUUUGCAGUACCCUUCGGCCAGAGAGCUAUUCAUCUGCUGGGACUUUGAUCUCCAUGGUGGACAUGAGUGCUUGGCCCCACCGAAGCCUUUCUGGUGUAGGAGUGGGGAGACCAAGACUUUCCCCACAGGGAGUUCACCCACAUUCCCGGCGCCGCCAUCGCACCACCUUCAGUCCAGGACAGUUGGAACAGCUGGAGUCAGCCUUUGGGAGGAACCAGUACCCUGACAUUUGGGCUCGAGAGGCCCUUGCUCGGGACACAGGCCUCAGUGAGGCCAGAAUCCAGGUCUGGUUCCAGAACCGCAGAGCUAAGCAGAGGAAGCAAGAGAGAUCACUACUUCAGCCGCUGGCCCAUCUGUCUUCUGCCACCUUCUCUAGCUUCUUGUCUGAGGACCCUACUUGCCCCUAUUCCUACCCAACACAACCCUCAACCUGCUUUCCUCAACCUUACAACCAUGCUUUACCCUCUCAGCCCUCCACAAUUAGUUCCUUUGUUCAAUCUCACCAGUCUGAAGAUUGGUACUCCACCUUGCACUCAAAUCCUGCUGGUCAUCUUCCCUGCCCUCCACCUCCACCCAUGCUUCCCCUCACCCUUGAGCCACAAAAGUCCUGGGACUAA